CCGCUUACCUCAGUUUCCCAAAGUGCUGGGAUUACAGGCCUGAGCUACCACGCCCUCCCCUGAUUUGGAUCUUGCUCCUACUUCCAGGAAGGCCCAUGUCCUAGCAAGAGAGAUGCCAGGUGGUGUGCGCACCCCUCCACCCCCAACUCCACCACCAACGGAGCCUGGGACCCAGAGGCCAUGGGUCCUACACAAUCUGGAAUUUCAAGUCUAUAAAUCAUGGGGGUGGCAGGGAGCCCAUAGAAGCUGUUCACCCAUCCUGGUCUGCCGGCUCGGCCUCUUGUCCACCCCCUGCCGUGCCCCAAAACACACAUACACACCCUCCCUCUUUCCUGGGAGACCGGCCCAAGGAGGGGCCUGGGCAUAUAUAGAAGCCACAGUGGGUGGAGAUGGCCAGAGAGGCUGCAGACAGAGAAGGUGAGGAGGGGACUCUGGAAGUCUGGGUGUGGCAUAGGGGGUCUGAGGCUCAGGAAGGGGCAGUGCCAAGUUCGGGCCAGUGACUGCCCCACCGGAGCCUGGGUGUCCUCUUCUGCAAAAUGCCUCCCCGCCAGGGCUGUGGGCACAUCGGUACCAGCCUGGGCCCUGCAGAGAGCUGGAGCAACCCCUCGCAGCUGGGGUGUGGCUCAGAGAUGGGGGGUUCGGCUGGCCCUUUACACUCCUGGCCUCAUCCUUGCUCAUGUGUCCCAGGAUGAUGGCGUCUGCAGCAGCAGCAGAGGCCGAGAAGGGAUCUCCAGUUGUGGUGGGCCUGCUAGUUGUGGGCAACAUCAUUAUUCUGCUGUCAGGCCUGGCCCUGUUUGCCGAGACCGUAUGGGUGACAGCCGACCAGUACCACAUAUACCCACUGAUGGGAGUCUCAGGCAAGGAUGACGUCUUCGCUGGCGCCUGGAUUGCCAUCUUCUGCGGCUUCUCCUUCUUCGUGGUAGCCAGUUUUGGUGUGGGCGCCGCGCUCUGCUGCCGCCGGUCCAUGGUCCUCACGUACCUGGUGCUCAUGCUCAUCGUCUACAUCUUCGAGUGCGCUUCCUGCAUCACGUCCUACACCCACCGUGACUACAUGGUGUCCAGCCCAUCCCUGAUCACCAAGCAGAUGUUGACCUUCUACAGCGCUGACACCCACCAGGGCCAGGAGCUGACCCGCCUCUGGGACCGCGUCAUGAUUGAGCAAGAGUGCUGUGGCACAUCUGGUCCCAUGGACUGGGUGAACUUCACGUCAGCCUUCCGGGAGGCCACUCCGGAGGUGGUGUUCCCCUGGCCCCCACUGUGCUGUCGCCGGACGGGAAACUUCAUCCCCCUCAACAAGGAAGGCUGCCGCCUGGGGCACAUGGACUACGUGUUCACCAAGGGCUGCUUUGAGCACAUCGGCCAUGCCAUUGACAGCUACACGUGGGGCAUCUCGUGGUUUGGGUUUGCCAUCCUGAUGUGGACGCUCCCAGUCAUGCUGAUUGCCAUGUAUUUCUACACCACGCUCUGAGGGACAAGACGGGAAGGCAACAUACACACCCCGGCCUCCUCUGCAUCCUCCCCCUGCUUCCUCCGCUGGGGCCUGGAUGGUUGCCUCAUGUCUGCCCUCCCAACCUCCCUAGCCCUUACCUCCUUCCACUUCCAAUAUCUUUUUCCAGGUUCCUGUGCCUCGGGUGUGCCCUGAAACCCCAGGGCUUGUGUGCACAUAUCUUUAGCCUUGACCUCACUCCACUUGGCUGGUUCUUGCCCAACUUUCAAGGGACCUCUCCAUGAUCCCAUCUCACAUUCACAGACACCUCUCCUGUAGCUCUCUGAGCUCCUCCUUCAUGGCAGGCGUCGCCAUUCUUGUUGAACAGUUUGUGAUUGCCGUUUGAGCUCUGGAAGCCUUGAUUGCCAUGAGAGUUCUGUCACGGUCACUUUACUGUCCCCAUCAUCACCCAGCACGGG